UUGCGAUCGCUCGGGCAGUGAACCGCAAGUUUACGUGUUAGCCGCAAGUACACGAAAGGGAACGUACAUUUCUAAUUGUUGCUGUGCCUGUGUUGGCUGUUAAUGUUGGUGAGGCUGGAGAGUAGCAGGCAGACAACCCAGAUACCAAGAUGAUGGACAUUCGCGUCAGCUGCGAUCUGUUUACAGGUCCUGAAGGUGUGAGGGACUACCGGGCCCACCGUGUGGACGACCCCCGGGCUGUGGGUAUCGGGGAGACCUCGCCCCUACAGAGCCUGGACUCCGGCUAUGUGCUGCGCCCCGCCCCGGGCGCCACGCUAGAGACGCCCCGGUCGACCAGGCCCGGGGAGAUAGGGUGGGGCAUCCCCUGGCUGGUGGACUGGCAGCCCCCGAAAACUGGACAACAGAUUGUCAUGGGCGAUUGCAGACAGCUGGCAGAGGACAGGGCAACACACGACUAUCUGGGAGCUUGGUACCCUAACCCUAACGACCGUCAGCAGAAUGGCAGUCAGCAAGGCAGCAAAGGUAGAGUCAGCUCACACAGGGAGUCGACGUCUAGACGCUCCUCUAGUUCUGUUACGUUCAAAGACACUGACGCCACUGGUCACCAUGACGACCGUAGAAGUGUUGACAACAGUUCCCUGGCCAGUUCAAGACACACAUAGCCGUCUACUGUGAUCUGGUGCUGGACCGGCCGAUGUGUCAACACACGGGUGCUACACACUACACACUGGCACUACACACUACACACUGGCACUACACACUACACACUGGCACUACACACUUUGGAGACUGACGUCCGCCCAGCUGUGUCAUAUUUACAUCAGUAUUAUUUGAUUUGAUUACAAUUACAGUGACCUGAAUAAAGUCAUUGGUGAUCAUU